AAUAGAAAAUUGAUUUUUUUUUUACUCCUUCAGAGCCUUAAUUCAAUAACUUUCUAAAUUUAUUCUGUGCUAUUGUUAUAAACAGAACUAAUACAACUCUACUUUAACCCCUAUCGCUUUUGUUGAUAAACAAAAGAACAAAAAGUUGAAAUCUUCAUAUGGAUGAAAAUACAAACAAUGAUCAGAAUACCUUCUAUGAAGUUCAUCUAAGAAAAACUGUUGAAGAAAGAACAAUUACAGAAUUUCCUAGGCCAUACAACUAUGAUUGUUCACCACAUGGAGAAAUGAACUUUUCCUACCGGAUUCACAGUGCUUGCCAUAAAAUAAAUAUUUCAAAAUGUGAAAUGCUCAGGCUGACAAAAGUCAUUGUUGUUGGAGAUGUUGCUGUUGGGAAAACUUGUCUUGUCCGGCGGUUUUGUCUACAAGCGUUUGAUACAAACUACAAAGCAACUAUUGGGGUAGAUUUUGAAGCAGAAAAAUUUUAUAUAUUAGGAGUUCCUUACAUAUUACAACUGUGGGAUACAGCUGGACAAGAAAAGUUUAAAUGCAUUGCAUCUUCACAUUACAAAGGAGCAAGAGUUGUGAUCUUAGUAUUUGAUUUCUGUGUCCUCUCAUCGUUAUAUAACAUACCCAAGUGGCUUGAUGAAACUUUAAAGUGCACUAGCAAACCAUUGUUGUUUUUAGUUGGUACCAAGAAAGAUGCAGUUGCAAAUUCUGCUUAUAAAUUGACAGAAAAUGAGGCUAUUAAAGUAGCAAACACAAUUAAUGCUGAAUAUUGGCCAGUAUCUUCAAAAACAGGUGAAAAUAUUGAUGCCCUUUUCCAACGCAUUGCUUCUGUUACGUUUUGUGAAGAUAUUUUGAAAGAGACAGCUGAUGUAGAUUUAGCUAAAAUAAAUGAAAAUUUUGUGAGUAAAGAUCAGCAAAGCAAGUCCGAAGAGAAAGAAAGGAAGAUGUGUGUCAGGUUGCGGCUCUUGACUUGCAGAGAGAGAAGAGUUACCUCUUGGAUUGCUUUUAUUUUGUUGCGAGAGUUACGGGUUUCAUUAAAAAAAAAUUCAAUUAUCCUACUUAAUAAAUAUGGUUUACAUUACUUUCUAUGCAUUAUUAAUGUAUUUUUUUUAUUAGUAGUAAGGUGAGCUUAGUUAUUAAUUUCGCACAAUAUUUUUAGUUUUGUUCUUCUACAGUAUUUGUUUUACAAUAUUUUAAACCAAUAAAAACUACUUAUUUAUAGAUGUUAAUGUAAUUAUAUUUAACAAUAUUUGCUUUUGAUAUGUAUUUUUAAUAAUGAAGUCAUAAAAAUAUUUUUAAUAAAAAUAUGAAGUCAUAAAACUUCACUUAUUUUUCAUUCAGAAUCAUCAUAACCAUUAAGAAUUAAAUCAGCCUUAAAGCUUCAUCUUUAAAUAAACUAGUGUUAGAUUAUUUUAAUCCGUCCUUUACUAUAUUGUGAUUAAUUACAGCUUUAGUAAUUUCUUGUUUUUCGUCAAUUAAAUAUAGAUUUUCACCCCCUGAUUUUGAUAAUUUUAUUUUUAAUUUUAAUCAUAUGAGCAUUUUUAGAAAUAGUGUCAAUUAAUUGUCUUCAAGUUUUUAUGUUAUCUACAAGCAAAAUGAUCUAAGCAUAGCUGCCAACUGUACUGGAUUUUCCAGUAGACUACUGUAAUUUACCAGUUUCUCCUGAUCUACUGGUUUAAUUGAAUUUCUCCUAAAUUUUUGUGCAUUUUAGAAAAUUCCCUAAAAUUGAGU